CAGAGAGGGACACAUGUGGUCUGUGUAAACCACGCACGCAGACGCAGGCAGCGCUUCAGAAAUGGCGGCUGACGGUGGCAGCUCUUCGCUGCAGCUACCCUGCGUUUUCUCACCCAAAUCACGACAGUACUUAGCGCUGUGUGCCCAGGAUGGCAGGCUUCGCAUCUGGAACACGGACAGUAAAACACUUCACCAAGAAUAUGUGCCUUCAGCUCAUUUGAGUGCCACCUGUAUCUGCAUAGCCUGGGGACCAUGCCGGACUGUGAAGGAGGGACCUCAGAGGAAGAAGAGGAAAUCGGAGGCAGGGCAGGUGGAGGAGAAGGCCGACCUGCUGGCGAUGGGCACAGCAGCAGGCACUGUUCUCAUAUACAGUACAACAAAGGGAGCACUGCACUGUACUCUGGAUGGAGGUCAUAGUGGAGGAGUGAACUGUGUUCAGUGGCAUCCUGAAGACAGCUUAUUAUACAGCGGCUCAGAUGAUACAAACAUCAUAGAGUGGGACCUGCAGACAGGCAAACCAAGAAGUAAGUGGAAGGCGGACCGGGCAGCAGUGACCAGCCUGUGUGUGAGCCCUGAUGGCAAACUGCUGCUUUCAGCCGGUCAAAUCAUCAAGAUGUGGGACUUGGACACCAAGGAGGUUUACAGGAAGUUCACAGGUCACUCCACAGCUGUGACGACCCUCUGCUUUGCCACCACGCGACCUCCGGACAGCAACGGCCUCUAUUUCCUCUCUGGCGCUGCACACGACCGACUUCUCAGUGUUUGGCAAGUACGGGAAGACGGGAAGGACAAGAAUUCAGUUGUAUCUUUCACACUGACGGAUGAGCCGCAACACAUCGACCUCGUCACGUCUAACAGCAAGGAAGAGGCGGUGAGGAUGGCAGUGGUGUGUAAGGAUGGACAGUUGCAUCUGUUUGAGCACUUUUUAAACGGGCCGUGUAAGAAGCCCUUCUCGCCCUCGUGUACGGUUCAGAUGUCAGACACAAAAGACUCCCCGAUGCCGAUCCCGCUGCUGGCUGCCGCCCUCGGAGCUGAUAAACAAACUGUGCUGCUGGCGUACGGCGCCCACUUACAGCCCGUCAUGGAGAGAGUGGAGAUCAACACAGCAGAGAGACAUAUCUGUCUGACCCGGGAUGUUCAGACCAGCUUGUCCCUUUCCAUGGAAACCACUGUUUCCAAGGUAAAAACACCAAUUGUCAACGCCAAGAGCCGAGUGCUGGUCCCAGGGCUUCCGGGUCACCAAGCUCUGGUCAAAGGAAGCUCACAGGCGUCAGAGAAGAGGAAAAAAGACACAGACACCAAAGAGUUGUCGAUAGCUGAGCGGCUCGGGGAAAUCGAUCUGUCCACAGUCUCUGCUGGGAAGGGAGCUCCUAAAGGCACGGCCUCUCUGCAGACGGACAACUUUGCAGUGCUGCUGGUCCAGGGCUUGGAGAGCAGCGACGCCAACAUCCUUAACAAAGUUUUUCAAACUCGCAAAGAGAUGGUGAUAAAGAAAACCGUUUCUCGGUUACCACUCCCUGCUGUAUUACCUUUAGUGGAAGAGAUCACAAAGAGGCUUCAAGGGCAUCCUUUCACGGCAGUUUUAAUGGUACGGUGGCUCAAGGCUGUGCUCAUGCAUCACACAUCAUACCUGGCAUCGCUGCCAGACCUGGUUACCCAGCUGGGAGUUCUGUACCACAUGAUCGAGAGCCGAGUGAAGAUGUUCCACAAGCUCUCGAAGCUGCACGGGAAACUCUAUCUCCUGAUGACACAGGUGGCGACAAGUGACAGCAGCAACACAGUUCAAGGUGUUGACCACACAGCUAAGCUGGUGUAUGAGGAGGAAUCAUCAGAUGAAGAAGAAGCCUCUGGUGAUGAAGGUCUUCCAGAUGAUGACUCUGAAAACUGGGAAGAGGAUGAGGCGAAGGAAGAGAACAUGGAAGAAGAAGAGGAGCUAGCAGAGGAUGAGGAAGAAGAAGAUGAUCCAGACAGUAGAAAAGAUUCCAAAGCGAAUGGAGAGGAAGACAUGGAUCACGAAAAUGAGAGCGAAGAAGAAUGAAAACAAACGAGGAGAAAAACCAACUAUAGAAAAAAUGGACCUGAAAGAGUUAUAUACUUUCAUUUUAUUUUCAUGCUUUUGAUUUUAUUACCAGAACAAAGUUUGGUUUUACAAAAAAAAUCAAGGGACACAUGUUGAAGAAGGCAGCGGCGCCCCCCCUGCCUCGCCACAACGCAUUGCAGCCACAGUGUUGUUGAUGUCAUGCCGUCUCUCCCCCCGUCUGAGGAACAGAUGUAACAUUUCGGGAAGUGAGGCAAAGAAAUCAGCAAAGAGAAACUGAUUGAGUUAAAGUCUGCGUCCCAGCUCCACAGCCUGACGAGUUUGUGUUUAAAAUGACAGAAAAGGUCAUUUUGUGGCGCUCUAGUUUGCUCACAUCGCAGUCUGCAUUCCAAAAUUUUAUACCAUAGAAGUAGUAUUGAGUAUAUUGUAUGACCAUCUUAACCGUAGGUGACGCAGCACUCUCUGUGAUUGAUUCAUGAUAACCUAACUCUUAAGGCCACCUGGAGCCCGCAAACGCAAACACAGAGCAGGCGUGGAGCUGGGAACAAGCCCCCUCAGAUCCCUCAGAUCAGAUGUUUGUUGUACAGAGAACCGCUCAAUCAAGAGAAGGGGGACGCGUCCAGCAGACCUCCAUCUUGUCCCUCACAAUGUAAAUCUCUAUGUACAGUGAAGUGUUUGUAUGAGCUCUUCCCUCUACAGCUUUCUCCCAGAAAUCCUUGGGAUUAAAUGAACUCUUGUAAAGUCUCUGAAUGCUGUUUUUUUUUUUUUUUUUUUUUAUCAUUUCCUGAUUUGUCUCCCUUUUUGUUUUAACUUUAUCCUUUCUGUGUGUUUACUUUCCGGGCAUGCCCUGAUGUCCACUGCUUGAACCCAUAGUCACAGGGGCGACUGAGAAAAGACAAUGUGAACUUUGCUGAAAUAGGUGAAUAAAUGGGUUUUCAAAAUGG